AAGCACCAAAACAACCCGAUGGAAUUAAUCACGGUAAAUUACAAUCAAUAAUUGUUGGUGAAUUGAAGAAGGCAGGCUUAAAACAUCGGCUCAAGAAAAUAAUCUUAAAAAAUGUUAAAGAUCAUAAAACUGUUUUCGGUGCACCAUUAAUGAAAGUGCCAUCAUGUAGUGUAAUUUGUUGUGGUAGUACGUUAUGUAUUCCAGUAGUUGUGAGUGAAAUGUCAUCAGUACUGCGAGCCAAUGCUCAAGUCGAAGGGUUGUUUCGAAAAGCGGGAUCCCAAACUCGACAAAAGGAUAUUAAGCGAUUACUUGAUGCUGGUGGUUGUGUAUCAGAAGGACAUCACCCUAUAGAUGUUGCAAGUGUGUUGAAACUAUACCUUCGUUGUUUACCUGAGCCACUAAUCAGUGCUGAAGUACAGGAUUUGUUGCUAAGAUGUAGAGUAACUUCUGGCGAAGAUGGACUAAAAUCAAUAUUACACACUUUAUUAUUAUUGCCUGUUUUGCAUGUUCAUUUGCUACACUAUGUUAUGGAGUUGCUGAAUUUUAUAGCGUCCAAGCACAAAGACAAUUUAAUGGAUUCAUCAAACUUGGCCAUAGUUUUAGCUCCCAGUAUUAUGCCUUUGCCAGCUGCAGCGACAGCUCAGAGGCUAGAACAUCAUGUGGCAUUAAUUAAGAUCUUCAUAGAAAACUCACAACACAUUGGACUUUUAACCGAAGAGCUCAUGACAAAAUUGGAUGAUGAUACUGACACACAUCCAAACAGAAGAAAGAAGAGGCGAAGUGGAUCAUUAAAUAGAAUGUUAAGUGGCCUUCGUAAGAUGGUAUCCGGUAAUGUAAAUACGCCAGCAACCGUUCGAGAACAUGAUAAAACUCCAAUACUGAGCAAAUCUGCAGCUAAAAGGAAAUUUGAUAACCAUGGGGGACUUUCUGUCAAAACUAAGAAAGAAAUCAUAUCAGCACUUCCUCAAAAAGAGCUCUCGUUUACACCAGUCAAAUUGGGUGUCACAGAAAGGAAAAGACUGAGGCUCAGUAUGAUGGAUGCCAGGAGUACCCCAGUCAUCAACUGUGAUUUCAGUAAAAAUUCUGAAACCAGUGCAAGCAGCGAAGACCUUCUCACCUCAUCUGAGAACAUAUUCCCGGCCCACGAUACUAUUGAUCUUUCAGAUCCAAAGCAAUCAGACAAAGACUAUGUAAGAAUAUCAAAACUAGAGUAUGAAGAAAUCAAAAGUAGAGUUUCGGCCAUCGAGAAUAGACUGUCCAGAGAGUUUACUGAAGUUAUACCAAGAGUUCAGCCAUUGCAGCAGGUACAAAAUGUCUACAAACAAACCUUGGAAGAUGUGGCAAUGCUUAAUUGCCCCAACUCCGAACAUUUAGCUAGGCGAUUAAGUAAAGAACUGAAAAUAAGACCAAAGGAAGAAGCUAAGAUAAUACGGUCACCCAGUGCAAGAAAAAUCGGUUCUAUAAGACGCCGAUCCAAAGAAAAUUUAACCAAAAUAGUGCGCCAUAAAUCCUGGAAUGCUUCAGGGUAUUCGCAAAAUGAUAGGUUUUAUCCGUAUGUUGGUAUUACGCGCAGAAACAGAACAAGCACAGCAGAACCAAAUAUUAAUAAAAAAGACUUUUCAAAUGAGUGGGACUGUUCCACAAUGUCAGAAAACUCCUUGAAUAACACUUCAGGUUCUAGUCACAAAUACCAUAAUCGUAAAAGAAUAAGCUUGAUUACGGACUACGGGUCUGAGAGAAUAAAUGUCAAGAGCCGGAGUGCAUUACCAAGGAGGUCAUUGAAUAUAACAAUGAAUACUAGUUUAAACUGCACACUAUCAGACAGUUCUGCUACGACAAACAAUAUAACAAAUUCAAAUGAAAAACUGAAAGAAUCUAGAUUGAAUCAAUGCUAUCAUAAUGAUAAAAAUUUAAAAGGUAUGUGUGCAGAAAGUUCGUUGCAUUCACAACAUAAGUGGAGGAAUGCAGCUGCAUUCUUCAUGGAUAAAACUGGUGAAGUGGCUAACGGUCAGACAGGCAGGCCGUCAGUCAACAAGUUACGAAAGCAAAACGCCGGUGCUGUGCUGGCUAAAGCGAAACUUUUUGAAUCGAGCUCUGAUAAAUCGUCGGAGAAAAGUGAAAAUCAAAACGCAAUAUUUGCCAGGAAGCCAAGGUUGAGUCAGUGUCACAUUAAAGCUCAAAGAUCAGCUCAAGCAGUAUCUGUUAAAACUGAAUCCCAUUACAUACCCAAUAGAAAUAAGGAGACAGCUCAAAAUGUCUUACCAAGGUAUAAAUCGAAUAUAUCCAAUAACAAAGAGGACUUGAACUUUCGGUUACACAGAAAAACUACUCCACCAGCCAAGAGAAUUGUAUCGCCUGAAAUGAAUGUAUUAAAAACGCCAACGCAACAACCCUCUAUAAAAAAGCAACUAUAUACGUCAAGAAAUAUAAGACUACCCUCAUCUUACAACGACCAGAAAAAAUCUAGUACACCUCUAAGGGCGGUACAUUUAUCACCUAAGAAAAGAUCGCCUCGUCAAAAAUUCUAAGAAUUUGAUUGUUUUAUUAUAAUCUCAUAAUUAGUUAUUUACGUAGCAAAAAAUUAUGAAUAAUUAAAUAUUGAUGUAAAUAA